UAUAUGGAAGUGAUAGUUGGGUAUGUCAGGAGAAACAUAAAAGUAAGUUGAUAAGGGAUACUUAAGAACUGUGUGUGGUAAAAUGAGAAAGAAAGAAUGGUUGGUGAAUGAAUGUGAAUGCAAAAAUUAGUGGGCAACAUGAAAAAAGGUACAUUGAAGCGGUUUUAUCAUAUAGAGAAUGAAUGAGGAUCAAAUUGCAAAACAAACAUAUGAAAAAAGGAUGAAGGCAUCCAGAAGAAGAACAAGAAAGUCCUGGUUGGGUGGAGUUGAUGAAGUGUUCAAAAAUAGGUCAACAUAGAGAAGGAAGAUCAACCUAUUAUGGCUAUUCCCAUAGCAGUUAUUGAUUGUGAUCUCUUCCUGUAUGGACGUGGACAUAGGACACUGGAUCGCUUCAAGCUGGAGGAUGUUACUGAUGAAUAUUUGGUAUCUAUGUAUGGAUUUCCACGUCAGUUCAUCUAUUAUUUGGUGGAUCUUCUAGGUGCCAAUCUUUCUCGUCCCACCCAACGAUCCAGGGCUAUCAGUCCAGAGACGCAGAUUCUUGCUGCGUUAGGUUUUUAUACUUCUGGCUCUUUUCAGACUCGCAUGGGAGAUGCCAUUGGCAUUAGCCAAGCAUCUAUGAGUCGUUGUGUUGCCAAUGUUACCGAUGCCUUGGUGGAAAGAGCCUCUCAGUUUAUUCAUUUCCCAGAAGAUGAAGUGUCAAUACAACAUCUGAAAGAUGACUUUUAUGGGCUGGCAGGUAUGCCAGGGGUACUAGGAUUGGUUGACUGCAACCAUGUAGCAAUAAAGGCACCCAAUGCUGAGGACUUGUCGUAUGUGAAUCGAAAGGGCCUUCAUUCUUUAAAUUGCCUGAUGGUGUGUAAUGCCAGGGGAAUGCUGCUGAGUGCAGAAACACACUGGCCAGGCAGCCUGCAGGACUGCACUGUGCUGCAGCAGUCAGCUCUAAGAAACCGAUUUGAAGCUGGCAUGCAGAAAGAUGGAUGGCUACUUGGUGAUAGUUCUUUCUUACUUCGCACCUGGCUAAUGACUCCUCUGCAUAUUCCUGAAACACCUGCAAUGUACAGAUAUAACAUGGCACAUUCAGCAACUCAUAAUAUUAUUGAACGAACAUUCAGGACAAUCCAAUCCCGGUUCCGUUGUUUGGAUGGAUCAAAGGGGACAUUACAGUAUUCUCCAGAAAAAGCAAGCAACAUCAUCCUGGCUUGCUGUGUACUUCAUAAUAUCUCUCUGGAGCAUGGGAUGGAUAUAUGGUCUUCCUCAGAUUUGGAACAAGUGGAACAUCCAGAGGAAGAAUAUGAGCAUAUGGAAUCCCUUGAUUCUGAAGCCCUCAGAGUUCGCCAGGAAUUAUUGCUUACACACUUUAGCUAACCGAAUUUGAGGAUAUCAAGUUGGAUUUAAGAAAAAAGAUAGAGGGAAGCAUAGCUUAAGUUUUUUUUAAAGAAUUUGCCAAGAGGAAUGUAUUAUUUAUCAGUACUUUGAGAAAAUAAAAUGUUGAACAUGUGCAUCUAUAAGGAUUUUGAUUCUAGUGUACAUGUUGUAUCUUAGUCUACGAAAUACAGGGUUAUCUUUAAUGUCCAGCUUUACUGAAAAAAAUUAAUCAAAGAUAUAACAUGAAAUCACAUGGGAUUAUUUUCCUGAUAAAAUGCUAUAUUUUGAAGUAUUGCAAAAUAUCAUUAAAAGUAUCUUGUUUUCUUUGUAAUUAAAUCCAAAACAAUUAAGUUCAGAUUACUAAUUGUAAUUUAUUGCAGACUAUAUACCACAAUUAUGUAAUAAAUUAU